CGGGUCGCAUGGCGAACUCUUGGUUCUUGUGGUAAAGGAUUCAGUGUAUUGCGUGGACGUUUACGGCGUGCUGCAUGUUUUCUAUAUCACUUAAAAAGUUUUGCUUGGUGGUUGUAGGACGAAAAGGUUCAUUUUGUAGAUUACACCAAGAAGCUAGACUUUUGUGUACCUCGGCAAAAAGAAUGGAUUACCCCAGAAACGACUUUGAAGAUGGCGGGCUAUUGAAACCUGGACAUUACAGUUUACAAGUUGGGGCUCCUGGACCUGCAUUUUUAAAACAAAUUAGCGAGCACUUAAAGGUGGCAUCUGAAAAUCUAAGAACAACAGAUCGAUUUGAAGAGACACUUCAGUAUGGUUGUGUUGCUGGAGGGUAUCCUGUUAAAGAAGAAGUUGCAAAAUUUUUAACAAGGCAAUAUGGAGAUACCGUGCAAAGUGACAACAUCUAUAUAACUCCUGGAGCAACACAAGGUCUUGUUAACAUGAUAAAGCAUUAUUUUACUCAUGAAAAUAGUCUUUUUGUGGAAAACCCAACAUACCCUGUGUUUGCCAUAAGAGUAGCUGCUGAUAAGCUGAUGAACCCGGUGCCAAUAUCAAUGGAAAGUGAUGGAAUGAACAUUGAUGAACUGGAAAAGAAGUUGGCCGAUCUUCCAGUUGUGGAAACAACAGAAAGAAGGCCGUAUCGUGCAGCCAUGUAUAUAAUUCCUACCCACCAUAACCCAACCGGUUGCUGUUACUCACCAGAAAAGUGUAGGAGGCUGAUUGAAUUGGCUAGAGAACACAACUUGUUAAUUAUAUGUGACGAUGUUUACAAUAUUCUCAAUUAUUCACUUGAUACAAACGACUCUAAAAGGAAGUUUGAGUUCUCACCACAGCGUUUGUUUGCUUAUGAUAACCCAAGUGAUCCGGAAUAUAAAGGUAAUGUUGUCUCCAAUGGUUCAUUUGCAAAAAUUAUUGCACCUGGUUUACGAAUGGGUUGGUAUGAGGCACCAGCUCAUGUUAUCGCUUCACUAAAGAUAUCUUACAUUGCAAAUAGCGGUUCUGGCCAAUGUUUCUACAUCUCUCAUGUUGUAUCUGAAGCUUUAAAGCUCGGAGUAAUUGAUAACCAUGUGGAAAAUUUAAGACUUGCACAUAAGGAUCGUAUGCAAGCUGUGAUCUCUAUCGUUGAACGGAAGUUAUCAAAGUAUGGGGUUACUAUUACCCAUCCAAAUGGUGGUUACUUCUUGUGGGUAAAACUACCUCAAAAAAUCAAGUCUGCUCAAGUGCUUGAAGUUUCAAAGAAAACAGAGAAUGUCACAUUUAUCAAGGGAGAACUGGCAUCAGUGAAGGGAGAUUUUGACAACUAUAUUCGUCUCUCAAUUGCUUAUUAUGAGCUGGAAGAAAUUAAAAAGGGGGCUGAAGGCCUGUGUAGGGCAAUAGAAGCCGUCAUACAAAAUCAUAGUUCACUUUAAAGGUUCAUUGCAAUGGUGUGGUUUUGUAUCAGGAGCUUUAAUUAGUCUGUGGUUUUAGAUAUAUAUAUACAUUGCAAUUAUUUAAUUUGGACUUCAUUAAUUACGACUAUUGAGUCAUUAAAAAGUUCAACUAGGUAAUGCAACUGAUUUUUGCUUACUUGCAUGUUGUUUAGUAUUGGAAUUAAUACAUCAUGAAAUCACAAAAG